AUGUAUAUCUUUUCUCUCUUCCUAAACAUUGGCAUUUUUGCCUUGUUUCUAAAAUGCGUUUCUAUAUACCAUACCAAGCGAAGGCGUCGUCAAGAGGCCGAACGACAUGGCUGUGCACCGCCCCCGACAGUAUAUGGAUUCGAUCCGUUCGGUAUCAUGAGCGUGAUCAAUGCAGCGAGAGCAAAUCGUGAGGGGAGAAGUCCACGAUGGUUCAUGGAACUUAUGGAUAGGGUGUCACCGGAUACAUUGACGAUAAGAGGGCAGAUUUUGGAUACCGAGAUUAUCAUUACGAGGGAUCCAUCAUUGGUACAAUUUAUUCUACAGACGGAGUCGCAUAAAUGGGAGAUUGGAGCACAGAGGAGGGAGAUCUGGAGCCCGUUGCUUGGCGAUGGUAUUUUCACUGCUCAAGGUGAUGCAUGGAAACACUCCAGACAACUUGUACGACCCCAGUUCUCCAGAGACAGAGUAUCAGAUCUCGACCUUGAAGAGCGCCACAUUCAAGCGCUGUUUGGUCGUCAAGAACUACAAAACACUGAAACCGGCUGGACAGAAAAAGUUGAUCUCGCCCCUCUAUUUCUCAAUUUAACACUCGACGUCUCAACCGAGUUUCUUUACGGAAAAUCUGUACAUUCCCAAGAUGCAGGCAAUCCGUCCAAGAACGAAAUAGCCAGCCCGAACCCCGUCCAAAAUGUAGACAACCCAGAUUUCCGCACAUUCGGACAUCAUCUUGAUGCCGGAAAAAAAUCAUUAUUCUUGAAGGGAGUCGCUGGUCGCUGGAACGGACUCGUCAAGGGUCGCAACUUCGAUUACCACCGGGACGAAGUCCACCGAAUGGUCGACAAAUUUGUCGAAGGACGCCUCCGCCAAAACGAAGAUGAAGAAAAAAGCCCAGAAUCCAAUUCCGAGAAGAAGUCAUUCUCACUCUUGGAUGAAUUAGCGAAGGUCAAUCAAGAUCCAGUGAGACUUCGCCAUGAAACACUACAAGUGCUCAAUGCAGGCCGUGAUACAACUGGUUCUUUACUCGGCUGGACAUUCUAUUACCUCGCGCGCAACCCCGCCAUCUACUCAAAACUGCGAAGCAUUAUUCUCUCGGCAUUUGGACCAGCUGGCUCAGAGAUCUCAUUCCAAUCUUUACGAUCCUGUAAAUACUUGCAAUAUGUGAUCGAUGAAUCGUUACGUGUAGGAGCACCGGUUCCAAUUAACGAUCGCACAUGCAACGAAGAUACGAUAUUACCACGUGGAGGAGGUUCCGAUGGUACACAACCUAUGUUUUGCCCGGCUGGGUCGAGGGUAUUGUAUUCGACCUAUGCGAUGCAAUAUCGAAAAGAUAUCUGGGGCGAGGAUGCCGAUGAAUUCAAGCCUGAGAGGUGGGAAGGGAGGAGAGCUGGGUGGGAAUUUAUUCCUUUUGGUGGAGGCCCAAGGAAGUGUAUUGGUCAACAAUUUUCCUUGACAGAAGCUUCAUACAUUAUUGUGAGGUUUUUACAAAAGUACGAUCAGAUUGAGAAUUUGGAGAAACCGGGCCCGGUUCUGUAUCAUCACGCUGUCACAAAUCGCAGCAGGAAUGGAGUACAGGUUAGGUUGCAUAGAGCAAGUUCAUGA